CUAAAAAUGACGUUCAUCUUAAUUGCUGCUUAUUUUAUAAGAGUUUGUUUAACUUAAUUAAGACGAAAAUUGAAAUUUAUCAUACGGAGCCUCAGCGGCUUCUUUCAUUAUUGCAAUUAAAUUCAUAUACAAAAAUAGGCGCAUUUAAGGUUUGUUGGGAAUAUUGCAAGCCGAUGUUAUAAUGGCAACGAAAGCCAAGGAGCGUAAAAGUAAAGGAACGAAUAGUAACACACCGAGGCAAUCUAGAAAUAACAAUGAGGAUGCAGAAAGGGCGGAGGUUAACCAACUUGUUAGCUUAACUAAUGAGCAAAACGCAUCUCACGAUGAGCAUAACAUGCUGGAGGACGAAGAAGGUGGGACAAGAAUUGGUGAUAUUUAUAUACCGCCACCAAUACCGGCUCAUUGUUCUACGGAAAGUAAAGGACCACGGUUAAUUAUUAAAAAAAUUGAAAACAAUAAUUUUAAGAGCUAUGCUGGGAAAGUAAUUUUAGGACCUUUUCAUCACUGCUUCACUGCUAUAAUAGGACCGAACGGCAGUGGCAAAAGUAAUGUCAUCGAUUCCAUGUUAUUUGUUUUUGGUUAUCGCGCGAACAAAAUUAGAUGUAAGAAGAUUUCAACUUUGUUGCACAAUUCAGCCCGCUUUCCCAAUGUGAGCAAAUGUUCCGUAGCAGUACAUUUUCGUCAAAUUUUAGAUUCAGAAAAUGGGUCCUGCGAAGAAAUACCGAAUAGUGACAUUGUUGUAGAACGUACUGCUUUUCGGGAUAACUCAUCGUUUUAUACUAUAAAUGGCCGUAAAGUACAAUUUAAGGAAGUAGCAUUGCUACUUAAAAACCACCAUGUUGAUCUGGAUCACAAUCGCUUUUUAAUAUUGCAGGGUGAAGUGGAGUCGAUAGCCAUGAUGAAACCUAAAGGGCUAACAGAAACAGAAUGUGGCAUGUUGGAAUAUUUGGAGGAUAUAGUUGGUACUACGCGCUACAAAGAACCUUUGGUUAAAAUAAAUGAAUGUGUUGAGAAAUUGACCGAAGAACGUACGGAAAAGCACAAUCGUUGCAAAUUGGCGGAACGUGAAAUGAAAGAUUUGGAGCAACCUUAUAACGAGGCCGUCGAAUAUCUAAGGCAGGAAAAUGAAUAUACGCGCACCAAAAAUUUGCGUAUUCAAAAGUAUUUGAGUCAGAAAAACAAGAAAUUAGAGGAAUACUCUCAACAAUAUGAUGUGAUUAAGCAAGAUUUAGCUACGCAUGAUAACGAAGCUGAUAGUCUGCGUAAAGAGAGGGUGGAAAAGGAAGAAAUUGUAAGGAAAGAAAUGAUGCAAUUUGAAGCCUUACGGCAAAAGAAGGAAGAUUUUGAAAAAAAGUUGGAAAAAGCUAAUAAAGAAUAUGUGGAAGUCCAACAAAUUAUGAAAAAAUUAAAUGAAACUCGUAAGCAAAAUAAAACUCAAAUGGAAAAGAAUGAAGUCGAUCUCGUGGAGUUACGUAAAGUACCAGAAAAGAAUAACAAAGAAAUUAAAGAGUGUGAAAAGAAAUUAGAAUGCAUUACAAAACAAAAGAGCGAACAGGAGGAAGAGUUGCAACGAAACUAUAAAUGCAUGCAAGAGCAAACUAAGCCGCUUAUAGACGAGCGAGAGAAGUUAGAGACCGAAUUAAUAGACCUAAAAAUUCAUGUGGAUGAAGCAAAAGCCGAUUUGGCUCUUUCUGAAUCGGAGCUAAGGAUAUUGAAACAUGACGAAGUAAGCGAAACACGUAAAUACGAAAGUAUGAAGAGCUCCUAUGAAGACUCCCAACGAAGUUUAGCUGAGAAAAAAGCCAAUAUGGAAGAGAUGGGACAAAACUUGCCAGUAAUUAAGAAGGAAAUUGAAGAAAAAUCAAAUGCUUUAUUACAACUGCAAGACGAUGAACAAAACAAGAGGACGCAACUAAUGAAAAUCAAGUCUGAGAUAAAUGAAAAAACGAUUAGCAUGCAGGCUAUGCGUUCAAACAAUAAAGUAUUAGAUUUUUUGAUGCGUCAGAAAAGCGAAGGCAAAAUUCCCGGUAUUUUAGGACGUCUAGGUGAUCUAGGCGGCAUUGACGCCAAGUACGACGUUGCAAUUUCUACAGCGUGUGGCCGUUUGGAUAACAUCAUUGUCGAUAAAGUAAAUACUGCACAAGAAUGCAUUGAAUCUUUAAAACAAUACGAUGUAGGCCGAGCUUCGUUUAUAGCCUUGGAAAAGGUGAAACACUUAGAGAAACAUUCAAACCGUUUUCAAACGCCUGAAAACGCUCCCCGUUUAUACGAUCUGAUACGAGUCGAGGAUGAACGUGUUUUGCCGGCAUUUUACUUUGCUCUGCGCAAUACUCUUGUGGCUACCGACUUGGAGCAAGGGACACGCAUAGCGUAUGGAGCUAAACGCUAUCGUGUAGUCACUCUUAAAGGCGAUGUAAUUGAAACAUCUGGAACGAUGUCAGGUGGAGGUCGGACACAAAUCCGUGGCAAAAUGGGCACCAAAGUUCAAACCAAAACUAAACAGUCUGCUGACAAUUCACUUGUUAGCCAAAAGGCUCUGGAAGAUAUGCAAGUUCAAGCUGAACAAUUGCAAUCAGAAAUCAAUUUCAAUCAGGAAGAACAGGGUCGCUUAGAACGUGAAGUACACCAAUUAACAUCAAGUCAACAACGUACCGAAGCGGAUUUACAAAAAAUGUUAAUAACCACUAGGAGUCUGGAAGAACAGUUGCCUCGUAUUUUCAAACAGCUUGAAGCUCAGCGGACGCGGAUGCAAAAGACCACAACAGACACGAAUAAAGUAAAAAAUAUUGAAGAAGCUAUAAAAAUUAAAAUGGAAACCUUGAAAGAAGCGGAAAAUGUUGCUAAUAAGGUGACCGAAAAAAUUAACCAAAUCAAAGCCCAAAUUGAUAAAAUUCAUGGAGAGACAGUAAAGGCUGUACAAAAUAAAAUCAAUAGCUUCGACAAUCAAAUAAAGAAAUUGAACAACAAUGUUUCAAAGCUAAAAGCCGAGGUAACCACAUCCGAACGCAAUGUAACUAAAAUGGAGGCACAAAUUGAACGAUUGCGGGCAGAAAUUCUGAAAUCUCAAGAUAAAAUAAAAGAAUUGAGCGAGAAAAGACAAAAGCAUGACGACGAAAUGGGAGAGUUUCUUAAGCAAGUCGAGACGGUCAGUGCGGACAUUGAGAAGGCCAAAUUAGAGGCUUCAGGAAUACACAAGGAAAUACAAAACAUCGAGAAGCGUGAAAGCGAACUUAAACUGAAACGUGUUGAGAUUGAACAGAAAUUGCAAACAGUGGGUGCUCAAAUCUCAGAUGUUAAAUCCCAAAUACCCCGUUUCCGUGAGCAACUGAAACCUUUGCGUUUACAUGAAAUUCCUGGUGAUUCAGAACCGCAAGCACCAUUAAAAACCUACACCGAGGAAGAAUUGGCCACACAUAACUUACAAGAUAUACAGUAUAAGGCGACUGUACAGGAGGAGUUCUUACAAAAGAAACCGAACUUAUCUUGCAUAGGCGAGUACAUAGAGAAACGCGAUGUUUAUUUAGAGCGAGUACAGGUGCUUGAAGAUGUCACAUGCAAACGUAAUGAAAUGCGUCAAUUAUAUGACGAUGUUCGCAAGAAACGCUACAAUGAAUUUAUGCAAGGCUUCCAUAUUAUCACCCGAAAGCUUAAAGAAAUGUAUCAAAUGAUUACACAAGGAGGAGAUGCCGAAUUAGAAUUAGUGGAUUCCAUGGAUCCUUUUACCGAGGGUGUCUCGUUCAGUGUGCGACCACCAAAAAAGACCUGGAAAAAUAUUUCAAAUUUGUCAGGAGGGGAGAAGACUUUAUCUUCGUUAGCUUUGGUAUUCGCUCUGCACUAUUACAAGCCUUCACCUUUAUAUUUCAUGGACGAGAUAGAUGCUGCUUUAGACUUUAAGAAUAUCUCGAUAGUCGCCCAUUACAUUAAACAACGUACAAAGAACGCUCAGUUCAUUAUUAUCUCAUUAAGAUCGAAUAUGUUCGAAUUAUCUGAUUAUCUGGUAGGUAUAUAUAAAGUACGGGACUGCACUGAAUCCAUAUGUUUGAUGAAUGUACCUCCAGAACUGCCCGCUGACGUAGACUGUACUCAACAACAGCAACAAUCUCAAAUGCCAAUGCAGUCGCAACCGGCCCAUUUAUCACCUACCAUUAAUAUGCAGACACGCAAUCUGGAAACAAAUGAAAGUUUUCUUAAUCCAGAUAUCAGAGGGACGAAUGAAGGUUGUGAGCUGCGAAACACUCCAAAUGAAAAUAACACAGAUGCUAGUAGUAAUUUAAACAUUGCCGAUAAAACCAGUAUUAACUUGACAUUUGCACCACAAGCUGAAAGCACCGAACUCUCACAAAAUCUGCAAAUAGAGACCACCAUUUUGAAUCGCACUUCAUUACCAAUGCCCUUGGGGCAUAAUAAAGCUAAUGACGCUGAUACAUUCAAAAAACCUUUAACGCCUUCAAAAUAGGAG